GGCUCUAUCGUUGCUGUGACAGGUGAUGGUGUGAACGACUCUCCGGCUCUCAAGAAGGCUGAUAUCGGUGUCGCCAUGGGGAUCGCCGGGUCAGAUGCUGCCAAGAACGCCGCAGACAUGAUCCUGUUGGACGACAACUUUGCUUCUAUCGUCACCGGAGUGGAGCAGGGCCGUCUUAUCUUUGACAACCUGAAGAAGUCUAUCGCCUACACACUGACCAAGAACAUCCCUGAGCUGACUCCAUAUCUGAUCUACAUCACCGUCAGCGUGCCUCUUCCUCUGGGCUGCAUCACGAUUCUCUUCAUCGAACUGGCCACUGACAUUUUUCCCUCCGUCUCUCUGGCUUAUGAGAAAGCAGAGAGUGACAUCAUGCACCUGAAGCCCAGGAACCCUCGACGUGAUCGCCUUGUAAACGAAGCCCUGGCUGUGUACUCGUACUUCCAGAUCG